UAGGUUUACUUUUUGUUCGUCAUCCGGACACGUCCUCCCCACUAAGCUCGCCACGCAACUGCCAGACGCGCUAAGACACUCGAAUACAACCUACUUGCACCACACGCGCGAGCUCAGCCAAUUUAAUUCGCCGGCCAGCGCACAAAGACAAGAUAAAUUACAAACAAAAUGUUCCGGCAGCUUGCCCGCCUCGCCGAGGAGCACGAGCUGCUCGAAGCCCUACCAUUUUUAAGCAGCAACGCGGACGACGAAGACGAUUUGAUCCAAGACGCCAUCGCGGCCCUACCGCCGCUCGUCGCGAGGUUCUUCUUCGCGCCGCGCGGCGGGCCGAAGGCGCCGCCGCUCCUCGGCCGCUGCUUCACCCUCAAGAAGCUGAGCGCGCCGCACGAUGUGCGGGAGGCGUGCCUGCGCGGCGCGGCGAACUCGUUCCGGUUCCGCGCCGAGUACCGCUGGAGCGCGUGCGCUGUCGGCUUCGUGGCUGGUUUUGCGGAUGGCAGCGCGUGGUCGGCGUCGUGGCUUGUGGCCGAGGCGGCCUGCGUCGUGCUCGCACGGGCGCCGCCGGCCGUCCAAUUCCCCACGGAGGACCUCAAAACUCGCAGAGCGGCCGCGCGAAAGGCGGCGCGACGACGACGUCUCGCCGGCCGCCGCGUCUGCGUGAAGAACGUCGGUGCCGACCAGUGCCGAAAUCAAAGGGAGAGAGCGCUUCCACGCCAUCGAGGCAACAGUGGGUCCAUUUCCAAACAGGCGCCGGCACGCUCGAGCUCAAGGACGGCGCGCUGCGGCUCCGCGACGACCGCGGCCACAAGCACGCCUUCGACGCGGGCGUAGACUUCGUCCUGCUCUCGCCGCGCGACGCGCUGUGGCAGGCGCGCUACGUCAUCGGCGCGCUCGCGCUCGCGGCGUUCCUCGCGCCGCCGGCGGCGCAGCGCGCGCGGCGCUGGGCGGGCCUCGCGUUUAUCGGCCAUGCGGUAGCCAGGCGCGUGCCGCGGGCCUGCCGCGAGCGCGUCGAUGCGGCCCUCGACGGCACCGACGACCUCGAGCGCACGCUCCGCGACCUGGAGUACUACGUCAUCUCGGGCGCGGACGUGCCGGUGGAGACGCCUCGGCGGCGCUGGUGGCAGCGGGGCCGGAGCGCGUCCUCGUGAUCCACGGCAACCAUCUCCCAAGACCGACGACUCACUCCGACCGGCGGAUUCGAUUUUGUAAUCAUGAUUUCUGUUUCAA